AUGAGUCAGUUCGUGCACGACGGCGACGGCGAGCGGGAGUCCAAGGCCGAGGCGCGGCGGCUCGGGCAGCUCGGCAUCACGCGCGCGGACGCCGCGGAGCACGCGGCCGUCGAGAAGCUGCACGGUGGCCGCGCAGACCCCGCCGCGCUGCCCCCCCACCCGGCCGCCCCGAACGACGCAGACGCCCCGCGCGAGGAGGCGCCGCCGGCGGACAGCAAGGCCGAGGGAGGGGCGCACGCGGAGGACGCGGACGCGGAGCCCGAGGGCGUGCGGCCGGGGCGGUGCGCCAAGUGCAGCGGCGCGGACGAGCGGUGCAUCCGGUGUCUGAAGAAGGCGGUGGUCGCGGACGAGCGCGACGGCGGCCCGCUGUCGGACGCGCUCGUCGCGGAGUGGUCCGACCGCGUGAUCGCGACCAAGCCGUCCGCGCUGGUCAAGUACAAGUUCCGGGAGUGGUGGGGGGGCCGGGCGCUGCGGGAGGACGCCGCGGAGCGCGUGCGGGCGGCGUACGAGGCCGCAGCGCAGCGCGCGGCGGCCCGGGCGGAAGAAGGGGAGCCGGAGGUGAAGCGCGAGACCUCGAAGAAGGUCUCGAAGUCCGCCGGCGGUAUCAAGUCGCCGCGGAAGGCCGCUGCGCGGUCGCCCGCGAAGCACGUGGCCGUGGAGACGCCUGCGCAGCGGGCCUCGGCGGUCGCGGAGCGUCCGCGUGCGCCGGCGUCGGCGCCGACGGUGCCGAAGGCCCCGCGCAGCAGCGCGGCGGGGCUGGCGGCGGCGGCGGAGGCGGCGCCGGGGACGGAGCAGGGGCGCUCGCGGCCCCGGCGCGGCGCGGCGGCGGCGGCGGCGGAGCGGAUCGCGAGCACGCUGUUCGCGGACGGCGGCGACGGGCACGUGCUGGUCGACGUGGCGAAAUACACCCCCGCGGACGCCCCCUUCGUGCUCGAGGUCAGCCCCGCGGCGGACGCGCUCAUGGACUGCCACGCGCACCUGUCGCCGAAGGAGAUCAUCGGCCUCCUCGGCGGCACCAUCGCCGCGCCCGCCGGCGCCGACGCGGACUCCCCCCCGGGCCCCGUCGUCCUGCGCGUCCUCCGGGCCUUCCCCGUGAAGGAGGUCGUCGGGGCGGCCCUGGGCGCCACGGGCGACAUCGACGUCGAGAUGGACUCGGUCGACGAGCUCCGCGUGCGCGCGGAGAUCCAGGCGGCGGGCAUGCAGGUGGUGGGGUGGUACCACAGCCACCCGGACUUCGACGCGCAGCCGUCGGUGAUCGACGUGUCGAACCAGCUGCGGCACCAGCACUACCAGGGCCGGGGCAACCUCGCCGCGCUGAACGAGGCGCGUGCGGCGGCGGCGCUCCCGGAGGUGGCGGUGCGCGGGCCGCACAGCGCGGGCGAGCUGUACGCGGCGGCGAUCGUGUCGCCGUUCGGCGCGGAGGUCAAGGGGGACCUCCGGACGUCGAUACGGUGGUUCCACGUGCAGCACGGCAAGGCCGGGAGCGCGCACGUGGAGGCGGCGAACCCCAUGGAGCUGGGGUGCGCGCCGCGGGAGCUGCGGCCGACGGUGGCGCCGUUCGAGCCGGGGAGCUUCGACGGCGCGCAGGACUCGGCGGUGGCGCUCGCGCAGGAGUACAAGGAGCGCCGGGAGUGCCUGGCGCACAUGCUGGGGCCGUGGCGGGGGCUGCGGCAGCGGCUGGGGAAGCUCGAGCGGUCGCUGGGGGCGCAGGCGCAGGCGUGGGGGAGGGCGUGGGGCGAUGGGGACGCGCAGGAGGCGCAGGAGGCGCAGUUCUGCGCCGCGGAGCUCGCGCGGGCGGUGGCGUUCCAGGUGGACGACAGCGCGGCGUUCGGGGACUGCGACCAGUGA